AUGUUGUCUGGGCCUCUCCAGGAAAGCAACUCUGAAUGUACGAUCCUGCCUCAAAAUAACUUUCUAGGGGCCAUGAGUUCUAAGACCUUUCUUAAUCUUCUCAAGGAGAGGUAUGAGAAUGACCCACUUCUUAAUCAUCCUCCUAAAGACUUUAACCUCAAGUACAGCAACGUUUUUUGGACUCAAGCGCAUUGCCUCUAUGUACCUGAAUCAACUCGAGUAGAAGCUUUCAGAUUAACUUCAUUACAGGAGAUCCAGGAGAAAUUGACGAAUACAUCGAAGGAGGCUCAGGAAUAUUACAAGAAGGCUGCUGACAGACAUCGGAGAUCAAUCCCCACCUUUCACUUGGACAAGGACUACCUUCAGACGGCAGUUUCUUCUAACCUGACCAUUCAUCUUGUAACAGAAUUCAUCAUCUUUGGAUUCCCUAGUCUUCAGAACUAUCAUAUUUUGCUCUUCUGUGUGUUUCUCUUUAUUUACCUGUUCACCGUCACUGGAAAUGGAAGCAUCUUCUUCUUGGUUAUACUUGACCAACGGCUACAUACUCCAAUGUAUUUCUUUGUCAGUAAUUUGUCUUUCCUUGACUUGAGCUACACCUCAGUAACCAUCCCGAAGAUGUUGGCCAAGUUUUCAAUGCACCUUAACACCAUCUCUUAUGCAGCUUGCUUUACUCAGAUGUAUUUUUUCUUGUCUUUAGCAGCAACAGAAUGUUUACUUCUGACUAUAAUGGCUUAUGACCGAUAUGUUGCUAUAUGUUCUCCUCUACAUUACCAGACCAUUAUGACCAGGAGACGGUAUCUACUAUUGGCAUCUUUGGCAUGGUCUGGAGGUUUUCUUAUUCCUGUCACAGUCUUAAUCUUAGCCUUGAACUUACCAUUUUGUGGACCUAAUAUUAUCCAUCAUUACUACUGUGACCAUCCACCAUUGUUGCAGUUGGCCUGCACCAACACUUCCUUCAACGUAGCUGUUGGCUCCUCCAUCGGGGCUUUUGUUCUCCUAAUAACAUUUACUCUAGUGGUCGUUUCCUACAUAAAAAUCAUAUUAACAAUUCUCAAAAUUGACUCCAAAGAUGGACGCAAGAAAACAUUUUCCACAUGCGCCUCACACUUUGUGGUAGUCAAUAUGUUCUUUUUGCCGCUUAUCUUCAUGUAUGUCCGGCCAAAGGCUUCCUACUCUUCAGAUGUGGACUCCCUGGUGGCCAUGCUAUACACAGUAUUAACACCUUUGAUGAAUCCGGUUAUAUACAGCUUCAGGAACAGAGACAUUAAAGAAGCUUUCAGGAAGAAGGUCCACCUUUAA